AUGUCAAGCACAAAUGACCCUAAUCAAUUUGAUAUGAAAUUAGUAAAUGCUUUAAUUGAUAUUAGUCAUGGACCUGAGAUGGUUGGAUGUAAAUCAUUAGAAGUAAUUAUUGAUUUAGUAUAUCAAUAUCCUAAUUCAAUCGAAACAUUAAUAUUUAGAGUUGAACAAUUUAUAGAUGCAGCACCACCAGCAUAUUUAUUAGCGGGGUUAUAUCUUAUUGAUUCAUUAAUACGAUAUCUUUCUGAUGAGAAUGCAAUUACAGUAGAACAAAGAUUAACAAAUAAAUUAUCAGAAAUUAUUAGAAGAAUUUGUAAUACACCAUUAACAACAAGAGAAAAAGCAAGGACGUUAUUAGAACAUUGGCAAAGACAUAAAACAUUUGGAGAUGAAUUAAUUGAAAGUUGUAUUAAUAUAUUAAGAAGAAGUGAAAUUCCUAAUGAUGUAAAUGCUAUUAAAAUUAAAACAAAUGUUAUAUUAUUAACACAAUUACCAAGUGAUUGGAAUGAAUACCGAAUUAAAGAAUAUGCAAAUGAAGUAACACAAGUAUUAAGAGUAUCAACUAAAAGUGAAAGACAUUUUGCUUUUAUUGCUACACCAACAAGAAGUGAUGCAGAGAAAUUAAAAGAAGUUCUUCAACGUAGAGUAGCAGAAACUAAAGGACAUAUUACACCUAAAGUUGUAUGGGGAACAGAAUAUUGGAUGAAAAGUUUUAAAUUUGAAGAUGAAGAAGGAAUUUGUACUAUUAGUAAAGAUAAAAUUCCUUCUGAUAUUAUUGUUAAUGAACAAGAUGGAACAUAUACUGUACAACGACCGAAUGAUAUGCGUAUGUCUAUUAGAAUGUCUAGAGAAGAACAAUAUAAUUCUAGAAGAUAUAUGCCUCGACCGAGAUCUAGAGAAUCAAUAUCACAAAGAGAACGAUCUGAAUCAAGAGGUUAA